AUGAUAAAUUUGAAAUGAAAGAUCAUCCAGAAGUUCUGACGCUGCUAUUGAAGAGAUUUCAGUUUGACCACAGUUGGAAUCGAUAUGAUAAAAUCCAGCGCAGUGUGGAGGUUCCCCACUCAAUAACAGUACAGGGUCAGAAAUAUGAGCUGUAUGCAUGUGUGGAGCACAGCGGUGAUCUGAAAGCAGGACAUUACACUGCAACCAUCAAGUCUGAGGAUGAUGGGAAAUGGUAUUGGUUCAGUGACACCACAGUAGUGCCGCUUUCAUUCCAGCCUCUCCAGGUGGAUCCCAGUCACAGAUUCAGGGAUGCUUACCUUCUAUUUUACCGGAGAGAGAAAAGAAGUUCAUCUGGAGACGAGGCGUCCCGUCCUGCAGCCUCCACACUGCAAACCAGAGGCGUCAGUGAUCUGAGAGGAAACUAUGUGAAGAGAGAAGAGAAGGAGGACGAGGAGGUGAUUAACACCAGAGCAGCCAAGAUGGUCUGA